AUGGACCCCCAAACGGGCGGUGCGGAGGAGGAUGACUGCGUGGACUCGGGCGCCGAGACCGGAGGGUCUGACUACAGCCACAUGUCCUCCACCAGCAGUGAGCUUUCGGUGGAGGAGGCGCAGGACCCUUUCCUGGUUAGCAUCCACAUCAUUGCAGACCCGGGGGAAUCCCAACCCCUGCAGGAGGCCAUCGACAAGGUCUUGGCUUGGAUCCACCCAGACCUGCAGCUGUUCCGGGUGUCGGAAAGGCGGGCAUCCCGGCGGCGGCGGAAGCCCUGGAAGGUGGCGCAGCCGGCGCUGGCCGUGGUUCUUUUCCUUCAGGAGGAGUACGGUGAGGAGCAGAUCCUGCAGCUGCACCGCACGCUGCAGCGGCCGCCCUGGCGCCACCAUCACACGGAGCGCGUGCCUAGCAGGUUCCUGCCCUACCUGCCCUGCAGCCAGGACUUCUUCACGCUGGCCCCCGGGACCCCGCUGUGGGCCAUCCGGCCUGUGCACUACGGCAAGGAAAUCGUGCGCUUCACCAUCUACUGUCGCCACGACAACUACGCCGACAUCCUCAAGUUCUACGAGCUGAUCCUCCGGCGCAGCCCCAGCCAGAGGAAGACGGACUUCUGCAUCUUCCCCAUCUUCUCCAAUCUGGAUGUGGACAUCCAGUUCUCCCUGAAAAGGCUGCCUUGUGACCAGACCCCCGUCCCCACCGAUUCCUCGGUGCUGGAGUUCCGGGUCAAGGACAUCGGUGAGCUCGUGCCUCUCUUGCCCAACCCCUGCAGCCCCAUCAGUGAGGGCCGCUGGCAGACGGAGGACCUCGAUGGGAACAAGAUCCUCCUGCAGGCGCAAAGAGUGCACAAGAGGUUCCCGAAGGCCGGCAGAAGCCACCACUCGUCAGAGCACAAACCUCCUUCCAUGCCUUCCCCGAGCACCACCGCACCGAGCUGGAUGCUUGGAGGCAGCCAGCAGCCCCUACUGGACAGCACACAUCCAGGGCCCAGCCAGACAGGCCAGCCGACUGGGCACCAGCAGGAAUCUGCCAGACGAGCCAGCAGCCCUCCCAGCCUCCCCUGGUCCUUCCAGAGAAGCAAGUCCUUGUUUUGUUUGCCCACAGGAGACCCCUCCCCGGGAUCCUCAGCUCUACCACAGUGGUUUUCAAGCACAGAUGCCCCAGGGCACAGGGCGUCGGAGGGGAGGCACAGCCACCUCCUCUCCAUCGAUGACUUGGAGGGGGCCCAGGAGACCGACGUGGACACGGGCCUCCGGCUGUCCUCCUCGGACCUCUCUGUGGUCUCUGCCUAUUCGGCGCCCAGUAGGUUCUGCAGCAGCGUGGAGACAACCCUCCCCCCUGAAAGAUGCAGCAGCCACUGGUCAAAGCCCAAGGGUUUCAGAGAAGGACUGCUGCCCACUGGGAGUGGGGUGACCACAGAGACCGCCUGGGCUUCCCUCCCUUUCUCCACCAAAGGGCCUUCCAGCUCCUCAGCCACAGCUGCUGCUCCCCCCACUCCUGGCACCUCCUCACUCACAGGGUCCUCCCCAGAGCCUCCCUGGGAUGCUCCCAGCACUGAGCAGACCGUGGGCAGAGACGCCCCGCCACCCCCAGUGCUGGCCAGUCCUGUGGACAAUGACAUGGAGGAAUUCUACAUCUGA